AUGGCUCAGCCAGACGUGCACUGCACUACACGCGACAAUACACGCUUGCAUCGAAGACUAAGCUCUCUCAGUGUUCCCAUGUUCGACAGUAAAGUCAUGCAGAAAUUCUUUCUGGGGGAUCUCUGGCUCGUUGUCAUAUGGGACCCUUAUCUUCAGGCCUCGGCCAAUGCGAUGCACACGCAAUUGGCUCAUGGUCUGCUGUUUGCGUGCGCUGCAGAAAACUCACCAGCAUCGUUCUUGCUGCGUGUUACAGAUCCUCCAUCUAUCGCACAUUGCGCUCGUCAUCUGCGUGUGCAGACGGCCUUCCAUCAGGGUACUAGCAGAGAGGCCACUGGAUUCGGCAAAAUUUUCCGUUCAUCCGAGCUGCGGCUCGAAGUAUUGCGCUGCGCGACAUAUCUCGCACGUCAGACAACGAAUCCAGCUCCAUCGGCAACUGCAUCAGCGACAAAUGAAUCAUCCAUUACGAACUACUUGGGACCUGAAGCGGCCAAUCUGAUCAACGAUUUUGAUAAGUCGAUACCAGUGGGCCCCACCGAAAGCUGGUUAUUAGUUGUUCGUGUUCGGACACAUUUCAAUGAGCGCUGCUUACGCCACUCGGUUUCAUACAGAACAUUCUACGCAGAACUCAUGUUAUACAAUCGUGUAGGUCCGAACGACCGUUUGCAAUACUACGCAGCUGUAAACAUCGGGUACCUGAGCUAUUAG